AUGCCCAGCCCGGGGAGGGACCAGGCCCGGUGCCCGCGCUCAGGCUGCUCUCCCGCCCCCGGGCCCCACGCCGACCCCGGCAGGUCCCGCGCUCCCCGACCCCUCGAGUCCUCCUUCUCCGUCGAGGCCAUCCUGGCGAGGCCGGCGCCCCGCGCGCCCGCCUGCGCCCCCGCCUCCGCGGGCACCUGGGAGGGUCUGCCCUGGGCGCGCCCAGCUCCCUGGCUGCCCGCCGGCCUGAGCGCGGGGCUCUGCCAGCCGCGCCCUCGGCCCCCGGCGCUGGGGCUGCGCCUGGCCCCUCUCUGCGGCCUCCAGGGCCUCGGCGUCACAGGUUUGGAGCUGACUUACUGCCCAGGCCUCUGGAGUUCCCCAGACGGGGCCCCAAGGGAGGACCUUCAGGACACGGAGAGACCCCAAAAGAGGGUCCGGACUAUGUUUACCCUGGAGCAGCUGGAGGAGUUGGAGAAAGUGUUUGCAAAACAGCACAAUCUGGUAGGAAAGAGCAGAGCCCAGCUGGCCGCCCGGCUCCACCUCACAGAGAACCAGGUGAGGGUCUGGUUCCAGAACCGCAGGGUCAAGUAUCAGAAGCAGCAAAGGCUGAAACCGCCAGCCGUGUCUGCCAUGGUGGCCUCCCCAGACGAGCCCUCCAGCAGCUCUGACGCCGUCAUCCAGAGAGAAGACACGGAAUCAGGAGGGGACAGCUGA